AUGGCUAACGAAGAGAAUUUGCGGAAGGCUCUAUGUCCUCAAAAUGACUUGACCACCGUGAUGAUUUUGCUUGAGGAGAUUAUAAGGAACUACCAAAUUAACUUGUUGCUUAUCUCUUUUAUGAUCACAAUGAUCUGCCCUCAAAACCGCAAGCGUAAACGUUGGGAUCGACUAGGUCAGUCAGCGGUUCUAGAUUCUAUCCCGGCUCAUGUACGCUAUUUGGAUAGACUUGUGCGUGUAACAGAUAGGGCUUGUGUGGAUAAUUUAAGAAUGGAUAGGAACACCUUUGGGCGUCUCUGUCGUAUUCUCCGUGACCGGGUAGGCUUAAUUGAUCAAAAACUAGUGACUGUGGAAGAACAAGUAUCUAUGUUCUUGUGUGUGCUAGCACAUCACAAGAAAUCCCGCAUAGUAGGAUUCAAUUUCAUGCGAUCAUCUCAAACCGUUUCAAAAUAUAUACACACUGUACUCCGUGGAAUUCUCACGCUGCAUAGCCUUUUUUUGGUGAAGCCCAAGCCAAUAGAUGAGGCUUGCUCUGACCGCAGGUGGAAUUGGUUCAAGGGUUGUCUAGGCGCUUUAGACGGUACUUAUAUCAAUGUUCGUGUGCCAAUUGCUGACGUUCCCCGUUACCGUAAUCGAAAGGGUCACAUCACCACCAAUACACUGGCCGUUUGUGACCCACAACUCAGAUUCAUUUACCUCCUUCCAGGAUGGGAAGGAUCAGCGGGUGAUUCAAGGAUUUUAAGGGAUGCUAUUACCAGACCCUUAGGUCUCAAAGUGCCUAAAGGAUGCUACUACCUCUGUGAUAAUGCAUACCCAAAUGCCGAAGGUUUCUUGACACCAUACAAAGCUGUCCGUUACCAUCUUAAGGAAUGGGGCGUCGGAAGACAAGCACCCCAAACACCCGAAGAGCUGUUCAACCUUAGACACUCCAAGGCGAGGAAUGUCAUCGAAAGAUCAUUCGCGGUGCUGAAGAUGAGGUGGGGUAUCCUACGAUCAGCAAGCUUUUACCCGAUUAAUGUUCAAACCGGCCUGAUAAUCGCAUGCUUUCUACUACACAAUUUCAUACGAAUUCAAAUGGUGGAUGAUCCCGUUGAGGCCGAAUUGGAUAAUGAGGCGGAUAUUGAUGAUGAAAGUGACAAUGAACCACUGUUAGGCGGGGAUAAUAUUAGUAGCGUGGAACCAUCGGCGUCGUGGAUAAAAAAAAGGGAUGAUCUAGCAAGGGCAAUGUGGGCCGACCGAAAUCGUGGUUAAGUUGGGGUAUCGGUGCAUAAUUUUUUUAUGUAUUACUGCCUUAGUUUAAGUUUUGUCAUCGUGACUCCAUUCUUCUUAACAUCUUCCGUUUUGUUGUAUUAAUUCAUGAUACUUACUUUUG